CUUCACACCAGCAAUUCGGGCAAACUCUAUCUGCACACUGACAUUCGGCUGAUUUUCGCUCGCGACAAAUUUGAGUUCGAUCCACGGGUCGCCACUUAUGAGAUGCGCUCCUUUGUGGAUGCACCUACCAAUCCGCGUUAUUCGCAGAAGAAAUAA